AUGGUACGUGAAAUCUUAAUCCGUUUACCGGCAAAAUCAAUAUUCCGUUUCAAAACCAUCUCAAAAAACUGGAAAUCGAUCACCUCAAUGACAUCUUUCAUUCAUGACUACAUUACUCUCAAUCCAAUCUCCUCAUGGUUUAUUGCGGAACGAACUGUACCCAUAAAACUAAUCCCGGCCGAUUCAUUACCAUUUUCAACCGAAUUAAACUUCCAAGAACCCCCAGAUUUAAGUACCUUUUUGAUUCAUCAACGGCCUGAUGGUGCUACCUAUAGCCGUUACCCAAAACUGAUAGCCUCUAGUAACGGCUUAUUACUCGUUACCGGCAUGCACAAACCAUUAAAACUCAAUUAUUUGUUUGUAAUUAAUGCUAUAACAGAUGAGUUUCUCCGAUUUCCAAAAUCUCCCGAUACUUUUAUUGGUGGAAUGGGUGUUGGAUUUAUUACCCAGAUCAACGAAACUAAUUUCGUUACAGAAAGGUUUGUGGUUGCUGAAUAUGACCCAAGACCCGGAUCAGAAUUCGCUUCUUUAACGUAUUUUUCGUCGGAAAACGCAAAAUGGGAGGUGAAAUCUGUGCAUUGUAGUCAGAAAAUCAUGUUAGUUGGAGAUGGAUUAUACAGAGGAGCAUUUGAAUUUAAAGGGAAUCUAAUUUGGCAUGAUAUAAUUUCUGGGUUGAUAAUUUGGGAUAAUCCUUUUAGUAAAGAAGAGAUUGCUAAUUGCCGGUUUAUAGGGUUUCCAUUGCUGAAUUUUGUGGAAGGUGAGCGGAUGCUCGACUGUAAUGGUUCUUGUAUUCAGUAUUUGGAGGUUUUGAAGAAAGAAACUAAUGAAUUGUGUUUAUGGCAUUUGCUUGAUGAAGUGAAUGGACAAUGGAUUAUAAUAUGCCACACACAAAUUUUUAUGGAUUUUUGGCCAUCACCUAUUUUUAUCCACCCUUUUAAGGCUAAUGUUUUGUUCUUCAACAAUGAAGGCCGUAUUUUUUGUAUGGAUGUAUUCCUUACUGAUGAAACGGUACAUACUAGUUCUAAUACGGUAUCCGAUGUUAUGGGAGAGUAUUCCAUUUCUGUUGAGAGACCGUCUUUUAUUCCGGUUAAGCUCUCCACUUGGCCUACCGUGUUUCCUCCGUACAUGCGUGCUACUUUUCUGAAGAGAUAUGGUUAUGAAGCUGUGUUGGAACGUAAAUUUGAAAAAGCUAAAGAAUACUUUACGCAUUGCCUUGAUAAGAUGUCAGCAUAUCUCAGUCCCCAGCAAAUAUUUGAAGUAUAUCACGGCCGAGCAGUUGCAAGAAAAGGCCUUGAUGAUCUUGCAGGUUUUCUUGAAGAUGCAGAAGAAGCUUUGAAAUUAAAUCCAGAUUAUUACGAAAUGGUUUUAAAAGAUAAUUUGUAGUAUUUUGGGAGGAUAAGAAAUGCCAAUUACACUCUUCAAAAAUGUCACCAAAUUUGCUGUUAUCCCCUAGUAUGAUUAUUUUUGUUUUAGAAAUAGGU